UAGCGCCACCGAAGUUGUCCUUUCGUGCUGCGACUUGUUGGAUAGGCCAAAAAAUCGAAAUAGAAGUACCGCAAUUAUUUCGUUAGCUUCGAAAUUUGAUUCUUACUUUUCAGUGAUUGUAGCACCUUCCGACCUAUCCCCAUCGAAUAAGCCAUCUACUUCCUGUCGCCGCUAGAAAAGAAAAGUCGAAGAAGAUGUCUAGCCUUUUGGAAGAUUUGCUGGCUUUGUACCCGACGGAGCUGAGUUGGUUUUGGGCAUUGUUUGGGUGUGCCUUCUAUGAAUUCUUCUUCUACCUCUCGAGGCGGUACUCGCAACUGGUUCUGGUGAAAUUUUCCAGCAAGCCGACGCAACUGAACACGCCAUUGGGGGGAAAGAACGAAAAGAAGCAUUGCGGGAUAUCAAAAGCGCCAUCUGGAUGCAUAGUUGAUAAGUUUGCGGUAUCGGCUGAAGCGCUACCUUGCACAUCGUCGCCUACCUGUGAUGCCAAAAGUGUUCCAACGGAAACGACACCCUGCAGCUCUUCGCCUGGAGCGGCUUUUUACGCCGCGCUACCGGAAGAAAAGAAACGUGUUUGGGAUAUGAAUGUGGUGUCGCUUUGUUAUGCGACCUGUGUAAGCAUCGCCGGGUUCUACCAGUCCUUUUACCCUGGGUUUUACUUGCGAAAGAGCAACGAAGGUGCGCGCUACGAUGGUAUGAUGAUUCCAGGCAUACAGCAGCUCCGUUCACUUUUUGGACAUCAAACAGAGACCCCAAGCGAAAUAACAUCAGCAUGGACCGACUUCGUCUCCGUUCUGGAACCGCACGAGAGAGGCUCGUCAUCGACUCUCAGCCACAACAUAUUCUCUCCUGCUGCAACUGAUGAAGCCUUCCUGUUCCAGAUUCGCCGAGCGGGCGUCUCCGAACCGGUGGCGGCCAUGGUUAGCUUCUCGGCGGGAAUCUUUCUAGUAGGCGCGAUUCGUGAGUAUCUUCACGGCGGCUUACCCUACGUCUUCCACCACGUGGCAGUCUGUCUGAACGCGGUGCUCACGCUGCGUCCCUUUUUCCUUUAUUGGUGUGUCUACCUGAUGACCUGGGAAGUGAGCAAUAUCCCCCUGAGCUUGAUGCUGUGCUGCGACACCAUGCCGGAAUUCAAGCGAUCAAAGACGCACGGUAAGUACAUAUCAAUUUUGAAUCACGCUUGAUGUUUUUUUGUUCGAUUAGGGCUAGACCUAGAGGAUAAAAAUCAAUGGUAAUGAAACAUCACUUCUAUCUACGGCUCUGUGACGAGCGCGGAGGUUCUCUUCUACGUAGUUUGCAGAUGAUCCGUCGGGUUUCCAUUCUUAUGAUGAAAGAAUCAAGCGUUUUCCUUUUAGUUUUACCGGUUUGCUCGCAGGUCAAAAAUCAGAAGCAAAAAUAAAACAGGUCGCUGCCGUAUUAUAUUCUUCCUGACAUUCGUAUUCGUCCGCAUAGUUCUCGGGACCCCAAUGAGCUACCUUUGCCUGAAAGAUUUUUUUCGGGUUGCUUUUUUCGAGGAUGACAACGUCGCGUCUUCACCUGGUGACCGACUGACUGCCCAGAUUCUGUCCGCAACGAGCGUCCUGGCGUUCGGUUUGAAUGCUUUCUGGUCACUGAUCAUUCUCUACAAGGGCGCACAAGUUAUUUGCGGCUGUGGCGGGCGGCAAAAAAGUCAAGGCUCACCAGCUUCCAGCCCCAACACGACUGAUGAAGUUGAUGCUCGCGACGCGGUUCAGCUAACGGAUACAAGUUGUAAAAAGUCAAACUAAGUAAGUACAAAACGAAAAUCCAAAGUAUCGCUGUUACACAAGGACGACCAUGAAGAUUUAUGCCCUUAAGCUGUGUGCAACCUUCUCGGGCAUUUUUUUCUGUAGUUUUGUGACCGUGAAACAAACAGCACGAAAGGCGUCGCAUUCUCAUUCAUGUGUGCAGAUGAUCUCCACGACUAGCAGUCGCGAUAGCGUAUUGAUGCGAAGCACCCUCCAAUUAUAGCUUGCUACAAACCGAUGUCUUUCUGAAACAUUUUACCCUCUGAGCCUUGUCUUAUUUACUUGUUGCGCGAAUCCGUGACUUUUUCAAUAAACUAGAUAGAGAGAUUAAAGAACUCGAGCUACCCUAAUCGCCCCGCUGCAACCCAUCUAGUUUGGCAAGUUGUUGUGCCUGACCACCUCAAAGGAUCGACGUAGAAAACCCGCGACUCUGAAGGAACAAUCAUGAUUGAUUACCCAUGUCCAUGAUUAGCGGUGCCGAUGCCGGACUUCGGAUUCGGAAGCAUGAAAACUUGAACUCUCCGCGGCCGAUGAAGUGCUUCUUGCGGAGAGUAGGUGCUGUUGCUACCAAGUAGCGCAGAGGCACAUCCGAACGCAAAUCGUGGCCACAUCAAGCCAAAAGAGAACGGGUAAAAGCCAAGUUGAUCCCAGGGAAAAAAGAACUUG